AUUUCACCAACAUCAUGAUAUUGUUAUGAUCUUAAUUUCUCUGAUCUUGUACCCUCCAGAAACAAAUAUUUCUUUGAUCAAAUCAUGCUAUUAUAUGCAUCAUUCGUGUAUGUAAUAAGCAAAAACACAAGACGCUCGCACACAGGAAUUUGAAUCUGGCCAACAGCUAACUCUAGAAGAAAAGUUUUGUUGGAAAGUCUGUCUGAAAGUCUUUUUUUUGUUGUUUGCGUACUCAAUCCUCUUCAGUUUAGCCUUAGCCAUUGCAGUUAGCUCAAACUCACACCUCUCUCUCAACCAACUUCACCUUCUUUUCUUUUUUUUCUUUUUUAUGGUUACUGAGUAUUUAUUAUCUGACCAUGAAAAGAUUCUCAUCUUCAAGAAGGGCAGUAAACAAUGUGGUUAAAGGGGAGAUAAAGUGGGAGCUUAGGCCUGGUGGCAUGCUUGUUCAAAAGAGGGACAUGGGGGAUGCUUCUUCUGGACCUAUGAUCAAGAUCAAAGUCUCUCAUGGCUCUUUUCACCAUGAUAUUACUGUGCCUGCUCAAUCCACUUUCGGGGAUCUGAAAAAGGUUCUUGUACAAGAAACUGGUUUGGAACCCAAGGAGCAGAGACUAUUGUUCCAAGGAAAAGAAAAGGAUGAUGGGGAAUGUUUGCAUAUGGUGGGAGUCAAAGACAUGUCAAAGGUGGUACUUUUGGAGGACCCAGCUAGCAAAGAGAGGAAGCUUGAAGAGAUGAAGAGAAAUCAAAGCGUGUUAAAAGCUUGUGAAGAGGUUGCUAAAGUCAGAGCAGAGGUUGUUCAACUCUCUGACAAGGUUAAUGCUUUGGAGGGAAUUGUUCAUGGGGGUACAAAGGUUGAUGAAAAGGAACUCCUUGGCUUGACAGAGCUGCUUAUGGUGCAAUUGCUGCAACUAGAUACAAUCUCAGCUAAUGGAGAAGCCAAAGUCCAGAGGCGGGCUGAGGUUCGUCGAGUCCAACGACUUGUGGAUACCUUGGACAAUAUGAAGGCUAGAAACUCUAAUCCCUUCAGCAGUAGUGGCAAAUCGGAGGCAUUUGAAUGUGCCUCACCCUCUUUUCCAUCCUCAACAAGAAUCACGCAUGAUUGGGAAGUUUUUGAUUAAGCACAACUUUUGUAAUUUAUCAAUCAGUCCAUAAACAAACAAAUUAUGAAACAAAGCUUGUAUCGUUUUGGUUGUGGUA